AUGGGCUACGCAGCCAGGGGCGAAGGCUCUCCCGACGUCGCCUACUACUUGUUCGACAAGCAUGGCAAAAAGCUUGAAGAGUACUGGUUCCAGGCCCCAUUCGUGGGAGUCAUGCACGACAUCGCCGCGACCGACAAGUGGAUUAUCUUCACCCUGAAUCCGCUAGCUAACGUGCCGGAAGACUUGCUGAAGGCAGGCCACAAGCCUGAGAUGGUGAAGUGGUUCGAGUACAAGAAUGCCUUUGUGGGGCAUACUAGCAAUGCCUUUGAUGGCGAGGACGGGUGUGUCUAUUUUGACGCGCCCGUGACCAACUACAAUCUGUUCUGGUUCUUCCCGCCUGUUGGCCAGGAUAUGGCCUCCGCUCCGUCUUCCAAGCCGCCCAAAGAUGGUGCUUCAAGCCACUUGAUGCGAUUCAAACUGGACCCGAAUUCGACCGAGAAGACACUGAGGCCGAGUGUGCUCGUGGACGUCGACGGCGAGUUGCCCCGAAUCGACUCCCGGUACGAGACUAAGCCGUACAAGUACGUCUUCAUCGCCAUGCACGACCCGGCGACAGACGACGCACCCGUCGGGGGAGCCUUCAACUCCCUUUCCAAGGCCAAUGUCGAGGACGGCACGUACGAGUACUGGUCCGCCGGGAAGGACGUGGCACUCGGGGAGGUCGCAUUCGUGGCGAGAUCUAAGGAUGCCCCCGAGGGUGAUGGAUACGCUCUGUCGGUGGUUAAUAGGAGGGACGAUGCUUUCCCAGGUCGUCGUUGUGGACAGGCCAACAUAGCCAAGGGGCCGGUUGCCAUCAUUGAGCUACCUUUCCGACUCCGAUCGGGCAUUCACGGGACCUGGGUGAUGGCUGACGAACUGGCGACGGAUAAGGACCUAUGUGACAUGACCGGUGUUACAAACGAGAUGAGAAAAGAGUUUGGGACGCCGUCUCUAAACAGAAUGGUUGGCACUGACGGCACCAAUGGCACCAACGGAAAUAAGCACUAA